AUGCAAUCGAACGCAGGACCAACAAUGAUGUGUCAGGUAGGAACGUGCCACAAUGGAGGAAUCUGCGUUCAACAGUGGUCACAUUUCUACUGCGACUGCAACAUGACCUCGUACUCUGGGAAGUUAUGCAACGAAAGCAGUCUGGGUUUGUUGUUCGUACAUCCGUCGGGGGGACUGAUCAGCAUGAUGAUGAGUGACGGCCAGAAGAAAUCAAGUAAGAAGGAUAGCAUAUGCUUCGGAUUGCAAACAAAUUACAACGGGAAUGCCGUGAUUGUAAGGUUGGCCAGCAAAACAUCUGGAGACUUCAAUAAUGGUUACAUGGUAGUCAACUACAAUAUGGGCAAAUCAACUCACUGCUUGGAUACGAAAAUGUUCAACGCGUCAUCAGCCUCAAAUGAAGUUGACUUCAUCGAUGGAAAGAAGUAUCGAUUAAAUGACAACCGAUAUCACGUGGUCAGAUUUGCACGCAGUGCACAAAAUGCGUCUCUUAUCAUUGAUGACUUGCCUCCUGUCUCUUAUCACCCAACUGGUAGAUGA